AGGUCUUCUGGGAGUUGUAGUUCGAGGUUCCAGGCUGUCCGAGGGCGUUAGCUGGUUCCUGAGUUCCCAGGAAGGAUGGAUUCCGGGGCGGACGCGGAGCCGCUCGCGGGCCUGGUCUGGUCGUCAGUCCUGACGCCGCCGCCGCCGGGUUUCAGCGCGAUCACCUGCACCGUGGAGGGCGCGACCGCCAGCUUCGGCCGCAGCUUCGCGCAGAAGGCUGGCUACUUCCUGUGCCUGAGCCCGCUGGGCAGCCUGAGGAGCGCUCAGGACAAUGUGGUAGUGGACAUGCAGAUCGUGAUGGACAAGGGCCCCCUGCCGUCCGGCUUCUCUGCGGUCAACGACCCUCUAGACACCAAGGCCUCUGUGUCCAAGAAGAAGCGCAUGUGUGUGAAGCUGAUGCCCCUGGGGGCUGCUGACAUGGUUGUGUGUGACGUGAAGCUGAGCGGGAAGACCAAAGCUGUGCCUGGAUACCUGAGAGUGGGGGACAUGGGUGGUUUUGCCAUCUGGUGCAAGAAGUCCAAGGCGCCAAGGCCGGUGCCCAAGCCCCGCACUAUCAGCCAGGAUAUGCAGGGCCUCUCGCUGGACCCACCCAGACAGCCCAGCAAAGGCAGCCAUCCCGAGCGGACGCUGUCCAGGCUAGGCUCCCGGGCAUCCACUCUGCGGAGGAAUGACUCCAUCUAUGAGGCGUCCAGUCUCUAUGGCAUCUCAGCCAUGGAUGGGGUUCCCUUUACGCUGCACCCCCGAUUCGAGGGCAAAAGCUGCGGGCCUCUGAACUUUUCUGCCUUCGGGGACCUGACCAUUAAGUCACUGGCGGACAUUGAGAAGGAGUAUAACUAUGGCUUCGUGGUGGAGAAGACCGCAGCGGCGCGCCUGCCCCCCAGCGUCUCCUAAUCCGGCCUCGGGUGCCCCCGGCCGCCACCCACCUCACCAGCACUGCUGAUUGACAUCCAGCCUCGCAUCGCCGAGAUAGGGUCUCCUGCCUGGAGGUGCAGGGGCGGCCUGGAUGGAACCUUCUCUUCACUUGUCAAGGCGUGUGUCUGGAAGGCUGCGCAUGCGCCCAUGCUCCGGCACUAAACACUUCCUGGUACCCGC